AGACGAUUCAGGACACGCACCUUCAAAUCGCGCACUUCACUGCAACAUACUGCAACUCAUGCAACGCAGAUCAACGCAGAUUUCUUGCUCAAGAGGUCCGACAUUGCUUCAUAUUGCUUCUGGCUUGCUGCUUGCCGGCAUGGAAUCUCAGACCCGUGAAGGCAAUGCAAAGGACCUGCCCCAUCGCGAGACCAGCGGCAGUAAAGCCAGAAAAGUCCAUGUCGCAGGGAGUUUCUUGCGCUCCUCCACAGAGGUCCAAAAUGCACGGCAAGAGAGACUCAAGGCCUUCCUUGCGUCGUAUUACGUGGCCAACUUCAUGGUGGCCGUGGUUCUUCUGGACGCUUAUUCCACAUGCACGGAUAUCGAUGCAAGAGCUGCAGGUUCACCACCACCGCAGUUUUUCCUAGUAAUCUCAGAUGUUUGCUUGGUACUCUAUUCGCUGGAGAUUCUGGGCAUGGUCCUGGUGUUUGGGGUGUCACACCUAAGCGACUGGAUGAUCAUGGUGGAUGCAAUCAUUGUUGCAUGCGGAUGGGCAGAGAAAGUCCUUGCCUCUGUUGGAACUGGUGGUGGUAUUGGCUUCCGCACUGCGGUUCUGCGCGCGAUGCGCUUGGUUCGGAUCUUUCGGAUCAUGCGUGUGCUCAAGCGGAUUCGGCCAUUGCGGGAACUGCACAAACUUGUGAUGAUGAUGGCAACCUGUGUGCGCACGUUACUGUGGUCCUUUUUGCUGUGCUUCGUGGUGAUGACAGUAUGGGGUAUGCUAAUGGUUGAGCUUGUAAAUCCUGCCGUGCAGGAUAUGCAAAGGACGCAGGGAACCUUCGACGGCUGCAAACAGUGUCAAACAGCGAUGUCCUCUGUGAUGCAAGCCAACCUUUUGCUCACCAAAACAGUCAUUGCAGGAGACAGUUGGGGAGAGAUAGCCGUUCCAGUGAUUCAAGAACAUCCAGCAACUGCAAUUAUUUUCAUCGGGAGUUUAUUAACUCUUGUUUUUGGUGUCCUCAACAUCAUUGUUGCUGUAGUCAGACUUCAAGCUGUGAUUGAAAAGCAGAGCCGUGAUGCUCUCUCCAAGUGGAAUGCCAGGGUGCACACGCUCCCCGGGGCGUGCCAAUGGCUGCGGCAAGACAUUGCCAUUCCGUUUGUUGUCCAAAAUGAGUCAGGCGAUCUUUUGACCAUUCGGAAUCGAGCUGUGGAAUCCCUGAGAGAUUUCUGGACCCAGGUGUUUGGCAUUCAGGAACAUCAGUGUAGCAUUCUAGACUACUGUCAAUUUUUCUCCGCGGAUUUUCCGCCGGCCAUGGGGUUCGAGCCCUUACCUGACAUCACCAUCCAGGACAUCCGACCUAAGCCGAUGCCCUCCGGGGCUGCUGCUGGCAGUUGGCGCUGCGCUACGCCGCUGCUGCGAUUUCACACUGAGGUUGUGGAUACCUUUGCAGAUGCCCGCCAAAAUGAUCUUCAAAAUUUGGCUGAAGAGAUGGAGGACGAAAUAGAGCAUGACCGCAAAGCCUUGGCCAAGUUGUUCGCCAAAAUUGACAAAGAUAACAGUGGACAGCUAACGCUCCAGGAAUUGAUUGAAGGUGCUCGCCAGGACCCAGGCUUUCAGAGCCGGCUGCGCGUCAUGGACAUAGAUGAGAAUCUCGUCAGCAUUAUUAUCAGCAUGGGUGUUGAAGGCUUUGGGUGUUGA